AUGAUCCCUGGACCUCUCAAAAACACCCCUUCAAAAACAACGACCCAUUUUUUAGCCCCAUGCGCGAAUGGUGCUGUAGAUACGACGACCGACUGUCAAAGACCCGAUGUGAAGGUGCUGUGCAACCGAAAAGAGUACAUUAAAAUAUUGAAAGAGGAGUGUCCACAGACUUGUGGGUUGUGCGAUUCAACGAUCCCUUCUCAAGACCAAGACGGCGACAAUGAUAAUGGAGGAGGUGACAGCGAUAAUGAAGGUGGCGGAGAUGCCAGCUGCGUGGAUAAUGAUCCAAAGUAAGCAUUUCUUAAGGGCCAGGGCAGCUACUUUUGAAUCGCACUUUUUUUCGAAAAAACGUCCCACUUUGCAUCCGAUAAGUAUCGAAAACAGUAGCAAAAUGCCACCCUCUCCGACUAAAGAAACUCCGUUUUCAAGCGCGCGCCCUUUCCCUCACAAAAAUAGUGGGCGACUUUUGAAAUCAAAGUUUUUCACGUGGAGAGAGUGGCGUUUUGCUACAUUUUUAAAUAUUUCCCGGAUGCAAAACGGUACGUUUUUUGCCACUGGAUCAGGCCCGCCACUGUAGUAGGGACUCGAGGAGUCUCAGUCGCCAUGUUUCACUAUCUCCUUACUAAAAUCCGCAACGUUUUAGCUGCCCCACAUUUGUGGAGAAUGGAUUCUGUAAUCUGGGCUUUUAUUCGGAUGAGACGAAGAAAGCGACUUGUGGAAAGUCAUGUGGACUAUGUUAG